AAGUUUACGCUCCAGGUUCUAAAUUCCACACGGAGCCACGUUCCCCACCAGCUGAGCAGGGAGCGGAUCCGGUAACUCCUUCCACUCCUUUACAUUUCCAUCCACACCAGGAUACAAAUGCCAGCCCACAAUGCAGGGCCCGUGUGGGGCACUGUUGGCCGGGAGCCCACCGCUUUAUGCUGGCAGAGCAGGGGCCUGACCACCUGGCACAUUCGGGGCCAGUAUUUGCACCGUCCCACCAGCUUGUGCUGUGGUCAUGGCAGGCCAUGCAGGGAGGGGGGUGGCUGUUCAAGACCCUCCGAAACUUGCCAAUAGAAGGGCCCCAUUAUUAACCACUGACCGUCUUCUGUCGUGUUUUUUGUGAAACUCGAGAGUGCUGGGGCUGGAUCUGCAAAGAGUUAGGUGCUAAACUAAACUGAUCCAAAAUUCAGGUGCUCAAAACCCCUGCUCAGCAGCUGCCUAACCUGUUGCCACCUUAGUUCCCACUGAUGGGCGCCCUUGGAUGCUCAUUGGGGCAGAGCGCGAGUGUGAGCGACUGCAGCCCGGGGCCGAAGGACUCACCUGGGCCCACGAGUUCGAGUCCUCGGGCCACAGGCAGAACUCGUGCUGGGCCCGUGUGCUAAUGACAGGGCAGUGCUGUGCUGGCGCACGUGGACUGACCCGUUUGAGGCGUCUCGGGUUGGGGGCUGGAACGCGGAGUCGGUCUCCUGCCCGGGUCUAGCCCCCAACUCCUCGGUCUGUGCGGAUAUUCUCUCUGCUCAGGGUCUGGGCCGCGUUCUCCCGUCAUGUUUGAGGCCGUAGGAGUCGGACUCCUCUUGCUGGCUACCUGUGGCUCCUGCGCCGACACGGCAGCGGAUGACAUAGGCGCGCACAUGAUGGGCCGCAUAUCCGAGCUGCUUUCCCCGGAGGAAUGUCGCGAGUUCUACGCCCGGCUCGCCGGCCCCGAGGAGAACACGGAGGAGGCGCUGGAGCGGCUCUCGGAGGCGAAGAACCCGCUCCGCUCCCGCCGCCGGCGGGACAUCGCCCGCGCAGAGCCGUGCCGGGAUGUCCUGAGCCGGUGGCUCGGGGCGGAAGGCGAUUCAGUGCCCUGGGACCGCCUCUCCCGAGCUCUCCGCCGCACCGGGCGCCCUGACAUCUCCCAGGAGCUGGGCAAGAACUUGAACCAGGACAAGAACCUCGAGCUGAGGCGGAACGUGGAAGAAUAUCGCGAGGGGGUGGAACAUCUGGCCUCGCUCCUGCUGGAGGAGGAUGAGCAACAUGGAGAGACAAACCAGCACAGCAGAGCUCGGCGAGCUGGGGGGGAAUCCCGCAGGGGGAGCGGAUUGAUGCAGGAAGGCUGGGGUGAGCUCGACCUCCUCAUCGAAAGGAAACCACCCCCUCCCUACAACAGGAGCCUCUUUGAAUGGAUCAAUCCGGUGGCUUCUGGCUUCAUCGGCGGGUUUUUAACCUCUUCCGUCCUCAUGGCGCUUGCCGUUUACUCCUUCCUCCGGCCCUUGAGCCGAGACUGCAUGGCGAUUUCUCCCCAGAGCCCAGGGCCCCCGCCUCAGCGUGCGGCUCACAACCCCUUGUUUGAGGAGGACUCAACUAUGCCUUGAUUUUAGCUGAAGACUUAGGGGACAGUUUGGAUGGGGAUGCUUCCGAUGACACCAGCUUUGCAGGGGAGCCGUAAUUUGAAUCUGAAAC